AUGACCUCUUUGGGAGUGAAAGUUUUGUGUUGGCAGGUUGUGCUCCCAUCAGGGGAGGCAGUUGAAGAAAUACAGCCGCAGUUUGAUGAGAUUGAAAAGUGUGCUGGAAGGGGAAUGAUUAUUACAGGACUUGCUCCCCAUGGAUCUGGGUUUGACUUCUUUAGUCGCUUCUUCUGUCCUAAAUUGGGGCUCAAGGAGGUUAGCAAUCGGCGAACUCGUAGGUGGUUAAAUGAUCGUCUGUUGAUGGAACUUGUACCUCGUUUGAAUGCAGAAGAAAUUAGAGGCUUGUUUGCUCCACCUCCAUUUGGUGAUGAUGUGCCGUUGUCACCAUUUUGCAUGGCAAAUGUGGGGGAGUGGGACAAAUUUAGGAAUGUAGACAUGGAUAAAGAGGUUACCAUGAUUAAAGCCCUUGAAGGGUCUUCAUCAAAGAGGAAAAAUCCUGUGGAUGCUGAUAAAGUGGCUGUAUUGACUGCUUGGCAUAGAGUGGGUUGUAGAACAAGGGAAGCAUUUCGCCGUAGCUUUCUCCCAGAACUGAUUAAUGGAUAUGAGGAAUGCAUACGGGCUUUUGUUGAGGAGAGUGGAGAUGGAGAUGUUCUUGUGCUACAGGUUCAAGAUCCUUUUCAUAGGUUGUUGCUGCACGGGGUUUGUGAGUUCUACAACUUGGUCUCGGUAACAGUCAGUCAAUCGAAGGGCACAAAAUCCUUGAAGAUGACAAGGAUAAGGAAGAAGAAAUCGGGUUCGGUUGAGCUUCCAAACAUCACCCUUUGCCAUUUCCUUAAGAUGACGAAGGAAGGGAUCUGGUAG